CCUGCACCCACUGAAAUUCGCAAUUUCUCAAACAAGCGAUCAAACAAGCGCAUUGAGUUGCUGAUACUUGUACGCAAACGAGACCAGAAAGGAUUCCAACCAGUUCAUUGCCCAGGUCCCUUGAUGGCUUUACCGUGUGGGCAUGCCACAAGCACAUGCAGCAAACAGACUUUCCAAUGUGGCGCCCAACUGCCUGCAUUUCGUAGGCACAUGCCAGACAAAUUGCGUCACAACUCUAGACCAUCUCCGAAGGUCAAGCACGGACUGAUGUGCACUGCAGCGUUGGCAACAGAUUCCCUGCACCUGAAGCAACAGCUGGUGCAGGCACUUCAAAGUGGGGAGAAGACCCUCAGGACCGGGAAGCUGACUCCAGAGGUUGAGGCGCUAGUGGAGCAGAUCAAGGCGGCAGCUGCCGAGCAGCCGCCGCGGCUGGAGGCGGCAUUAGUCAACGGCAGCUUCAGCGGGCUCCUCAACACAACAAACUACCUGGCGCCUGAUUCCACAUCCACCCUUGGAACCCUGACCUUCCAGCAGUUUGCUCCCAAGGACCUCAAGGUCAAGGUGAGCGGCACAGAAAUGCUGUCAGGUGUUGAGUCACCGGAGCACUAUCAGACCAACACUUACUUUGAGGUGUCCGAGGGAGAUGCGGCUGGGUUGGUGGGUGUCCAGUCAGCACUUGGUCAGUAUGAGGUGGACACUGACAAGGCCGGCAGGCAGGUGGUGUACUUCAAUGCCAUCAGGAUCGCCCCAGCAGACAGCGGCGCGGCCGCCCUGCAGCGCUGGCUUGACUUCUUCAAAGCAGCAAACCCCUCCAUGGGGGAUGAUGGAGUGGCAACGAUUAAUUUCCCCCAGCGAGCAAAGGGGACCAGGGAUUUCAUCCUGUUGGACGAGGACAUGCAAGUGACUGUUGGCAACAGGGGCAGCGUUGUGAUUGUGCAGAGGAAGUGA